AUGCGCGUUUCCGCCUGGUCGCUGGCAUUGGCAACUGUGCCGGCAAUUGCAACGGCUCUCCGUUCGUCUUUUGUCAAUGAGCAGCGGUCUAAUGCUUCGUCCAGUCUGACAGCUGCAGCGGUCAGUGCUGAGCUGGCUCCAAAACUGUCUGCCAAUUCUUCUAUCUUUGCUCAAAACGAUCCGCGAUGGUUCAUUGACUUGGUUAAUCCGACACAGGUCAAGUAUGCCAAUUCACACGGCGUCCCAUUUCACGCUGUCAACAGAGGUCAUGGUUCUACCGAGACUCUGGGUAGACUAAAGAACGGUAUUGAGAUCUCGAUGGCCCAACUCACUGACAUUAAGAUCGCCGACGAUGAAGCCUCAGCUUUCUUUGGUGGAGGUGUAUGGGACGGGCAAGUUAUCGAUGCCCUAUGGGAGAAAGGCUUUGUUACCGGUAUCUGCUGA